CCACUUGUUGCAAACACUGUCCUCAGUGUACAUAUGCUGCUUGCUUGCUUGAAUCACAGAAUGGUUGAAGUUGGAAGGAACCUCUGAAGGUCAUCUUGUCCAACAGCUCUGCUCUGCCAGCUUCUCCCUCAAGCUUAGGAGGGAGUUUUAGAACAGGUUUCAUCUUUGGCUUCACAAAGCAUCAUUCAUUUUCUAUGUUUGCGUGCUUGAAUUCCCAAAUCUGUCCAGCUGCAAUAACUUGCUUUCCUGACUUGUGCAUGAUCACAGAUACAGCCACCAUUCUACUCUUAUUGAUCUUCCCAUUUACACAAAAUUACAUUGACUCAUGCUUAUUCUAGCUGAAGUUAUUUUCUACAAAUAGCUUUUCUAUAAGCAGCCUGUUUUUCAGGAGCAAGAACAAAAACUCUAUCAGCUCGCUUCAUGCUGUGACCUGGUAAAAACGUGUGAGAUGACACAUCCAAUGGUAUUUGGAAUGCCUCUAAUAGACCAGGCAGCCUCCCCCCUAUAGGAGUUACUCUUCCUGGCAGAAUUUCUCUCCUUAGGCUUUGUCCUUGUUGCAGUCUGGCUGAGGGGUCUGAGCAGAUUUUCUUUCCCCGCCUUCCCAAGAUGAUUUUGGACCCAGGAAGUCUUAGAUCCAGUGUCUUUCAAGGUGUUGUGCUAUGCUCCCCCUCCCCAUCUCUCUUUCUUGCACACUCCUCCUAGAAUUAGAUGAUCUUUGAGGUUCCUUCCAACUCCAGCCAUUCUAUGAUUCUGUGAUUCUCCACUGUCUGCUCUGGUUACAGCAGCUAUUUCUCUGACCUCCAGUAAUAUCUGCCGUUAUGGGACACUUCAUGUAGAAGUUGGCUUUGCCUGAAGCCACAACCAUUUAUGUUAUUUCCUAUGGACCAUCUGCUCUUCCUGAGCCAGAGAUGAGCCUUUUGUUUAGCUGUGCUGUUUUCCCAGCUGCUAUUAUCUCUACAGGUUCUUCCCUUUCCUCUGUUUCCCUAUGUGGUCAUGCCCUUGUUUACCAGCACAUACCAUAUUGAGCAUGGGGAGUGUACGCCUCUCCUUCAGCCUCCAGUCCCUUUGUGGUUUAAAGCCUGGUGUGUCACUUCUCCCACACUGGAUCUUGAAAAGUUUCUCCUCUCCUGCCAGAAUGCCUCCAUGUGUUCUUGGAGGUUCCCAGCUCUGCAAGCACCACAGACUUGCUCAUGAGACCAAACCACAGGCUGUCAGCUUGUCCCUUCCUCCCCAGUUAUGCACCUACCUCAUUUUUUGGGCACCAGGACAAAUGUACAGCCCAGCCCUGAAUUCCCACAUAGUUGAUCACAUCCCCUACAUGGUGGGCACUGCUUCUGUUUUCCCUUGUUUAACAGUUCCUGGGAUCCUUACUGACCACAGUGUGAGAUCCCUGCUUUCCGGUGUUUCCUGGGCAAUGCAGAGUUUUGCCUCGUUUAACAGCAGGUCCUGUCUUAGUCAGAAGGUGACAUGGGAAGGUGGCUUUCCUGACUUUUCUGCUGGCUUGCAUGGCUUUGCCAUGAGUUCUUCAAGCCAUUGCCUGAAGAGCUGGAGCCGUUUUGGCCAGGUCUGUCUGUUUUCUACCCAAGCCUGCUGGCAACCCUUGGGGUAAGUGGCCAGAGAGCAGCCCCUGUGUCAGCUGAAAAAGCUAUGGGGCAGUGGGAACAUGGAUGGGAAUGCAUGUGUGGCAUGUGUGGCGUCCUGUGGUGUUGACAUGAAGAUUGAAACCCCAUGGGCUGUGGGCACCUGCCCACAGACUUCUCCCAUCUCAGAGCCCUUUGAGUCAGUUGUGAGAUUAAAGAGUGCCAGAGAUUGUGGCACAGCUUCAGCCCAUGACACAGAAGAACUGAGGGCUGGAGAUGUCCCAUGGCAGAGCUAAGCUUCCACCUCCUUCUGCCUGUCCUGUAUCUCUUCUUGCUCUCCCCGCAGAUGAACCCUGAGUCCAUGCAGGGGGGAAAUCUCAGCAGCCCCACCUCAUUUCUUCUCUUGGGGUUUUCCACUGCCUACAAAGCACAGGUGUCCCUCUGCAUGGGUUUCUCACUCAUUUACCUGGUGACUGUGCUGGGGAACCUGCUCGUAAUGACCCUGGUCUGGCUGGACACUCACCUGCAGUCCCCCAUGUACUACUUCCUGGGGCACCUCUCCUUCCUGGACAUCUGCUACUCCUCCGUCACGCUGCCUAAGAUCCUCAGAGACUCCCUCUCACCACAGAAGACCAUUUCCUUGGUGGGCUGCAUCACACAGAUCUACUUCUUCCUUUGCUUUGGGGGCUGUGAGUGUGUGCUCCUGGCUGCCAUGGCCUACGAUAGAUACCUGGCCAUCUGCCACCCCCUCCACUACACAGCACUCAUGAGCAAGAAGAUCUGCCACUGCCUAGUGGCUGUCUCAUGGUUGAGUGGCUCCUUCUCAUCUCUGAUCCAGGCCCUCCUCACAGCCCACUUACACUUCUGUGGGUCCAAUGUGAUCAACCAUUUGUUUUGUGAGAUCCCCUUCUUGCUGGAAGUGUCCUGUAGCCCUAAUGCUCUUCUCAACAAGGCUGUCUCAUAUGCUUUGGCUGCGACUGUUGCCAUGGUCUCUUUCCUCCUUACUCUUGCAUCAUAUGUUCACAUCCUCCGGGCUGUGCUGCAGAAGGGAGCAGGGAGGCAGAAGGCCUUUGCCACCUGCACCUCCCACCUGGCCGUGGUGUCCCUGUUCUUUGGCGCUGGGGCUGUUACAUACCUGGUGCCUCAAUCCAGCAGCUCCAAGGAGAUAGACAAGGUCCUCGCCCUGAUGUACGCCAUUGUAACCCCCAUGCUGAACCCCAUCAUCUACAGCUUAAGAAACAGCGAGUUCCAAUGGGCCAUCAGGAAAGCCCUGUGCAGGGGUAUCACUGAGAUCCCCACGGGCAGAACAACUUCUGCCCUCACCACGCUGCAGGUGACCCAGCAUGAUGGGGGGAGCUGGGACCCUCAGACCAGUAACAGGCAGAAGGGUGAACUCUAAGGAUGUGAGCAGACCAGGAGCAGAUCCAUAAAACUGCUAUGCCUUGGCCACAGGUUUC